GUGAGACCGUGCGGGAAUCCGCGACCACGUGCGUCGAGAACAUGCACGUGCAGACAUUCCGCUCGUCGACGACGAACGGGGCCAAGAGCCUCGUGGCGCCUUGUUGGCGAUGCUUGAAGUGCUCGAAAGCGUGGUCCCUCUCCGAGCCUGAGCCGGGCAAAAUGCCCAUCGAAGUCACAGGUGAAUGUUCGGGCGAGAAGGAUUCGAAACGCAUCCGGCUGUGCAGCGCCAAGAAGUACGUCAAGGACUCGUACGCCAAGGCGCUGAUAGCCAUGGCGGCAGACGGGGUGCCCCAGGACGAAAGGCCCUCCGAGCAGCAGAUCAAAAGCCAGCGGCGCCAGGCCCAAAACGAGAGUGAGGCGAAGGAGGCGAAGUACACGGCCGAGUGCAUCGGGAGUGUAAACGAAUUCUUGGGCGAGCCUCCCGAAGGCGUCUUCAUAUUCGCUGACCACAGGAUCGUUUCGCCGGACAAGGUGCGCGCGCCCUUCACGGUGGCAGGCGUGGAACAGCUUUUCGGCGCCCUCAAGCUGGAGAGUUUUCUUAUGGAUUUUACAUUCUGCACGAACAAAGAGAGAUUGGUCCUCGGAGCCAAUAGCCCCGUGGGCCUCCACGUCAAGGAUUUGUUUUCUUUGCCGCAGAUGCGGUUUGUGCCAGUCAUAUUCAUCGUCGCCGACCGGGAGGGCGAGGGCGCCCAGCGCCUCCUCGUGCGCCUCUACUUCGAGAUGGCCGCCAAUCACGGCAUCGCCAUCACCGACGGAUUCCUCGACUGUGCUUGCUUCAAGGGCGCCUGCGCCGAGGUUGGCGACCGCGUCUACCUUCGCAGAUGCCUUCAUCACACGAGAACUGACAUCGGGACGAGGUCGCAGGCCGCGGGCGCCUCCAAGACCCGGAACGCAUUCCAAUGUUCAGCAGGGGCGCACGCUGCGCGGCAGAUCGAGCGCACCUGGCGGUUGCUCAAAGGUUUGCUGCCGGCGAACUACAAGCAGGGGAGCGUGGCGCAGCUGAUUGCGGACGUUGCGAAGGCCCUGCAGGCCCGCGUCCAAGGCGUGGCAUGCCAUUCUCUUGUGGGACGGUUGGCAAAGGCGCCUGGUGCACUGAAGAAUUGGCCGAAGAAGAAGGCAGUCGGCGCGGCGGAAGGCCGGUCUUCUGUGGAGACACAGAGUCAGGGCAAUUCCGCCCGCCUCGACUUGAACGCCAUCCUCGCCCACUACAGGGGGAAACCGGCCACGCACGCGUAUCGGGUUCGACCGUGUUCGAAGCUCCUGUCCACCAGGGACACCGCGCGGGCGGUCUACGUGAUGCCCAAGUACCAGCUGGCGUACGCAACGCAGAAGACGGCCGAUAUGCAAUCGGCGUUGCCCUUAUCCCUGGCGACAUCUGCGGCCGAGAUCCACGCUGCAUGCGCCAGUGAGGAGACGUCAUCAUACGACAUCAUGAGACACAUGUGGUUGCGCCACCAUUUUACGACGAUCUACGUCGCAACCAGCGGCGCGGCGGUGGACUGCCACGAGCGCAGCGUGGAGGGCGGGGGGUUCUCUGAACACCAGGUUUUCAUCCAAGGGCUCCAGAGGCGGGACUGGCUGGCCCGCAUGGCCCGCGGGCCCAAGUGGCGCGGCGGCAAGGCCAAGCAGCAGCGGUCGGAGGCUCUGAAGACGAAGCUCCAGGCGCCCCCUCCGCUGGCUGGGCCCGGUGGGCCAGUCGACCAGGCGAUCCGCGCUGCCCUCCCCGAUGUCGUUUUCCAAGAGCCAGCCGCUUUGCCCGGCGCGCCUGCGGAGCCUGGCCUUGCGGCGCACAUGCGCUGCGUCGUGGCCAGCGACGGUGGAAAUGGAGCCUUUGGAGCACGAUGCCUUUGGAGCACGAAGAGCGGGGCCCAAUGUCGCCGCCAGAGGCGGAAGGGGAACUUUUGCGGCCGGCAUUUCACAGAGGCGCAGGGCGAGAAGGCCAAGGGGGAUAUGUUUGCGUGGUCGAAGUUCGCUCUCGAUCAAACUGCGAGGGCAGAGAGGAAACGCAGGGCGGCCGCCGCGCGGGAGUCCGACGGGGUCGCCGCGCGGGAAGCCGACGAGGUCGCCAAGGCACAAGCCUUAUCGGUCGCGGAAAUGGACGAGGCUGCGAAGCAUCGGCAGAUGCUGGAGAAUCGAGUCGACCCUCGCCUGCAAGCGCUUGGUCUCCAACUCGUGCCCGUUGACGGGGGCGGUAACUGCCAGUUCGCUGCGAUAAUGCACGCGGCGGGGCUCGAUGUGUCCGCCUUGGAGCUACGUCCGCAGAUCGCCAACGCAAUGGAAGAUUUCCCGGGCAUUUUUGAAGGCUUCCACGAGUUCGACAACUACCAGUCAUACUUGGACUACAUGCGCGUCCCCGGGACUGCUUGGGGCGACCACCUUACGCUCUCAGCGGCGGCCUUCUUGUUGACGCGGCCGAUCCGGAUCGUCAGCGACGCCGCCAACGACGCGUACUCGACGUGCACGAUCGAGCCCCCGCCCAUCUUACCUGAGG